CCUCAAAAGUAUGUCCUGUAUCUGGAUCCAGAUGAUUUUAUUUUGUGCAACCACUUGGCAAAAUAAAAUGGGAGUCAUUUCAACAAAAACGUUUUCCAGUGUCGUGAUUUAACAGUUUGUUUGUUUUACUUUUUGCUGAUCCAGGAGAAGGCUUUGGCGAUGCUUUUUAAGGAGACGGAGGAGAACGAUCCGAGAGCCAAGAUGGAGGGCGCCAACGGCCGGCAUGUUGGCCUUAUUGACGCCAAAGACGCACCGGAGGCCAACUGUGCCGUGCGCCGAGAAGAACGGCGCGCUUGCCACUCGGAGUUAGCGACACCAGAGAAGGAGUUAGAAAAGCGGCAGGUGGAUCCGGAUCCCCUCCGCGGGCAGCUGAAAGAAGCCCGAGAGGAAUUAAAAGGAGCCUGCUUGCAAGCGGAGGAGCAGAAAGAAACGGCUGCCAUUUUCAAACACAAAUACGCCGCCGCCAUGGAGAAGGUUCGCCGAGUGCAAGGGCAGGUGAAACAUCUGGCUGAGGAGCUUCAAUAUUCCCAGCGACAGCUCAGCGAGUCCCAACAAGCCACCCGCGUCGUGGCCGGAGAACUGUCGGAGCUGAAGAGGCGUCACCGGGACAAGGUGGGCCAAUGGGAGAGCUCGCAAGAGGCCCUCCGCCAAUUGACGGACGAGCUCCAGAUGGCUGAAAAUCGGCUCGCCGCCAGCCAGCGAACGGCGGCUCACUUGAGACGCCUUGUGCGCAGCCUGCAAGGGCAAGUCAACGCACUCGAGCGGCAGAGAGGCAUGUCGGAGUGUGACCUGCGACUCUAUCGGCAGAGUCACUCUCACGCCAACGAGGACUACCUCAGCCUGCAAGGGAACGAGCAGAAGCUGCAGGGGCGCUGCAGCGAGCAGGCGGAGCGGCUUGUGGAGUGUGAAAAGGUUAUUCUGCAGAUGAAAUCAGAGCUGGAGAGACAAAACCAAGAGCAGGGCGGUCCGAAGCAAGGUCUUGCCACGUGCUGCCGUGCACACCUAAGCCGGCGUGGACAAUGGGAACAGGAAGUGACGCGGCUGAAAGAGGAAAUUGCACACUUGGAGCGUGAGCUUGCUGACAGCCCAAAGAAGCUGAAGGGCCCUCACAGAGCGAAGUCGAGUCUCAGCACUGAAGUCGGAAAGCUGAGUCAAGAGCUUGAGGUGCUGCGCCGCAAACAUCGGACAACAGCGGAGGUGUCGGCAGCCCGUUCAAAGGAGGCCAAGCGCAUGGCGGCGUGUCCGACUGAGGAGGCGCAAGAGCAAGACGACAGAUGGGCCGUGCGUAGUGACGCGGAUGUGAGACUGCAGGUGGAGGUUGCAGAACUCAAGAGGACCCUUCAGCAGGCCGAGACGGAGAAAAAGCAUGCGCGAGCCAAGCUGCCGUGA